AAAAAAACACACAUUCAGCAUCUUUUCCGACCUAGGUUUCCAGCGAUGUGAUCCAUCGCCUCCAUCCACUCUUCUCUCGGAGCCACGCCGGCAAGAAGAAACCCUCGGAAUUAUAGGGAGCUCCGCCCGCCGGGGAGAUGGCACGUGACCCGGCUGGAGCACAGGAGACGCAGAACGCUCUCAAGAAGAAGACGGCGGUGUCGAGGAGCUGGAUCUUGCUCGAUAGCAGAGGAGAGGGGACGAUUCUGGAUGCCGAUAAGUAUGCGAUCAUGCACCGGGUCCAGAUCCAUGCUCGGGACCUGAGGAUUUUGGAUCCCCUCCUCUCGUAUCCUUCCACCAUCUUGGGACGGGAGAGAGCCAUUGUUCUUAAUCUUGAGCAUAUCAAGGCAAUAAUCACAGCACAAGAGGUGUUACUUAGGGAUCCUAUGGAAGAAAAUGUUAUUCCAAUAGUUGAGGAGCUCCGUAGGCGCUUACCACCUGCAAAUGUUUACCAAGCACAGGGUGAUGGGAAAGAGAAUUUGAACGGGCAACAUGAUGAUGAUGCUGAAGAAGAUGAGUCUCCAUUUGAAUUUCGAGCCCUUGAAGUUGCUCUAGAAGCAAUUUGCAGCUUUCUUGAUGCACGUACCACAGAACUUGAGACUGCUGUAUACCCAUCAUUAGAUGAGCUGACUUCAAAGAUUAGCAGCCGUAACAUGGAUAGAGUGCGAAAGUUGAAGAGUGCAAUGACCAGAUUGACUGCCCGGGUUCAAAAGGUAAGAGAUGAGCUUGAACAAUUACUGGAUGAUGAUGAUGAUAUGGCAGAUCUUUACCUGUCAAGAAAAUUGGCUGGAUCAUCCUGCCGUGUCAGUGGUUCUGGUGCAGCCAGCUGGUUCCCUGGUUCACCGACAAUAGGCUCAAAGAUAUCUAGAGCAAGCAGGGCCAGUGCAGUAACAAAUCAGGGAAACGAAAAUGAUGUUGAGGAGCUGGAAAUGUUACUAGAGGUAUACUACAUGCAAAUUGAUGGCACAUUGAACAAAUUGACCACACUGCGUGAAUAUAUCGAUGACACUGAGGACUACAUCAAUAUCCAGCUUGACAACCAUCGAAAUCAGUUGAUUCAGUUAGAGUUGUUUUUAAGUUCGAGCACCGUUUGCCUUUCACUUUAUUCACUAUUUGCUGGGAUAUUUGGAAUGAGUAUCCCAUACUCAUGGAACAAUGACCAUGGUUACAUAUUCAAGUGGGUGGUCAUCAUCUCAGGACUAGCGUGUGCCAUUCUCUUCAUCUUGAUUGUUGCUUAUGCUCGUCAUAAGGGUCUUGUUGGAUCCUGAUCAUUAUAGAGGUACACGCAGUUGAAGGAGCUAAAAUGUCAAUCCUCUUCUCCAAACAAUCAACAAGAUGGAAACUCGGUAUCUCGUGCCUGGAUUUAAUCACCAUCCUUCGCAAUGACCCUCUGACCCCUUGCUGGACCAAUCCAUCAUUUAUGCCAGAUUCAGGAUCCGUCACCUUUGGGUGUUGCCUUUUUCAUAAUUAUGCUACUUGCGACUAAUAAUGUUAUAGUUCCAAAUUUCCAUUGGAUUAACGGAUCCAAACCCGGGGACAAGACUUAGCACUCUUCUCAAGCACUGCCCAGGGACCAAAAGCUCCAGCUUCCAGUUUUCAUGGACCCAAAUCUAUAAAACAACUUUACAAUUGUUAUUUAUUAUUCGUUCAUACACACAUUGAUUUUUGAUUUUCCUUGUCAAUUCAUUUCAUGA